AUGGACAGCUUUUCGCGCUACACGAGCGGCAACUGCCACAAGUCAGCGUACGACGGCGUUUUCGGGGCACAACAGAAGUUGAGUAGUCUGCCCCCAUCAACGCUCGCCCCACGCCUCGACGAGUAUGCUGAGAUUUUCGGCGGCUAUCAGGCGGCGGCGGCCUCGCCGCCCUUCUCGGUGUUUGUCCUCGAUCUCCCGCUCGACGAUGGCUCCAACAAGCUCCUUCGCGAGUUUGACUACGCAGAGGUUUUUGGGGAUUGUGAGGACGUGGCCUUCGGCUCCACUAUUGAGGAUUUGGUCAGGCAGUGUAGCGGCGGCGACAGAGGCUAUGGCUCCUCGGAUUACGGCGAAGAUGAAUCAUGGAGUCCCGCACAAAGUGGGUCAGUGUCUGAUGAGUUCGAUGGUCUGGCGGAAUCGGACAAGAGUCUCAGGCUAUCAGAUGAUGAUGGUCAUCUCAGGCUAUCAGAUGAUGAUGGUCAUCAGUCACUGGAGAACCCCACUGAGCACUUAAAUGCAUUUCAUAACGAGUCCAGUCAGAGUAAUACCGCAGCAAUGUUGGUUGGGAAGAGUCAGGUAAAGAAUAUUACUGCUCUUCCUGGAUAUACCCUCACUCAUUAUGAAAGCCCUGUUUCCUGGGAUGGGGAAGACGAGAGCUGCUCUGUAAGUGUGCUUGACGAUCUGGAUCUGGACGCAUGCAAAGAGUACAGCAGAAGGGUUGAAAAACAAUGCAGUACGUUUCCCGCAAAUUCUGUACACAGGGGCUCGAGUGCACCGAGAAGUGAUUUAAAUCAUAUAGAAAAACAUGGUAAUUCAGCUUCUAAACCUUUCUUGAGUGUAUCUGAAAUCAGUCUUCGAACCAAGCCUUCACGGUUGCCGCCACCUUCGAGACCUCCACCUGCCUUAGUGUUGAAGAAAGGAGAAAGUGACAGAUUGAGGUCAAAACUCAAUGCUUCUAAAAAUGCAUCAUUUUCUUUUGAUGUGGAAGCCGAUGUGACGUUAUCUCCUGACGUCAGGGAGGAUGGAAAUAAGAAUUUUCAAUCGAAGCAUGAAAGAGCUAAAGAAUCCUUGGAGAGGAAGGACAUUAGGAGCCACUGUGCAAUGACAGCUGAGGAGGAAACAAGCAAGGGCGUCAGGACAAGCAGCAUUAAGGAUGAGAAAUUGCUCAAAUCACUUGGAAAAGAGACGAAAGUCUCGAUACCUUACAUUGAAGAAAAGAUGUCUGCAACAAGGGAUACUGAAGAUAUUUCAGGAUCGUACAGCAACUCCAGCAUCGACAGUUGUGCCGGGGGUGUUGCGUGGAGGGAAGAAACUGAAUAUUUUGAGGUUAUUGAAAAGAAAGUUAAAGUUUUCAAGAAAGAUCAAGGAUUGGAGGAAGAGUGGCCAAGGCUUGAGAUGACCAGCAAGCAACAGAAAAUAUUGAAGACAACGUUGCAUGAUCCAAAAGGGUUUCGAGAGGAAGUGGAACCGAACAAAAUGGCCCAUCAAUGUGAUUCACAUCAGGCUGUCCCAGAUAGUAUCCAGCAAUUUGGAGAUAGUGGAAGGCUACAGAAAGACCUCACUGUGAUUGUCGAGGUGCUCCAAGAAGCAGACGGAAAUUUGAGUGAAGUGGUUGUUGAUGCAAAAGUAGAAGCAGACCGAAAUUUGAGUGAAGUGGUUGUCGAUGGAAAAGUCAAGGUAUCCCCUAAAGGAAUGGAUACUGAAAAAGUGUUUAUUGGAGAUGCUAUAUUGACGAAACAGAAUUCUGUGUGCCAGGGAGGACUUGAUGAUGUUGAACGAGCAGAAACCAAAGAAAGAGUGAAGUUGAGAAAAGAACCUGAAGGAACUAAGGCAGCUUCUCAAGUAGGAUUUGAAAAUGAAACCAGAAAGACCCAUGGGCCUAAUGAAAAUGAAAUGAUCACUAAAGAAGCUAAAAAGUAUGAAGAGCAUGACAAAAAGUUGUAUAGAGUGGUUGGGCUUGGAAAAUUUGAAAAUCAACACCUUACUUGUGAAGAUGAGAAAGAUGAACUGACAUAUAGAAAUGCUUUUCACCAAGUUAGAGAUGAGAAAGAAGAAAAAAUGGGUCUUAAAAUUAAGGUAACUGAAGAGAGAUCUGGAGAUGCUUCUAGAGGACAUAUAGCUGAGGUUUUUCAAACAAAAGGGCAUACGAACUUGACUAGUGCUGGUGCACUGGAAGAACAUAGUGGGCAUACUGAAGAGAUUGAGGACGCUGAGAGGAAUGAACACGAAAGAGAAGUUGAAUGCGACGUGGAUAAUCAUGUCGUCUUUGAAGAGAAUCAGUUGAAAGCCUUUGAUUGUGGGCGUGAACUUGAUGGAGCUGUUGCAACCAGUGGUUCAGGUAAGCAUGAUGAUGGAAUCGUACAGUUGAAGGCUGAACCUAAUAAGAGCGUAUAUGAAGCUGUGUCUAGAGUCGAAAGCACAUCUGUUAAAGGAAAAUCCAAGGGAUUUGGCAAAAGUAAAAAUGAGUUUGAUGGUGGAAGCAUUGGUAGUGCAACAAUCAACACUUUAGAGUCCUCUCUAUUGCCUAAGAAGAUGAAAGAUUUAAAUAUUUAUGCCAGUGGGAUGGGAAUUCCAUGUGCUAUGGCUGACAACGUGUCCUCUGAUUUUGCAUAUGGUCAUGAACGUAAGAAGGUAGUUUACACAGAAGAUGAUCAGGGUCUGCCCAGUAAAGGAACUCAAUUUACGAGCAAAGGGGCAGAUAUCAGUGAUACUUUCACUCCAUAUAAAGUUAUGAGAGAAUCAACUACAAAUGGAACGAAUGUAGAAGAUGCUUCAUCAGUGCUAAAGCAUAAUGGUGACACUUCUUUUUCGAUAAAAAAUUCUACCCAUAAAAUUGAAAGAAAAGGCUAUAUCAUGAAAGAGAACCUUGACACGAAAGACCAAAAAACAGGGGAAAGAAUAAGAAGAGAUAUUGAGCUUGAAAAUGAACAUAUCAAAAGACUAGAAGAAGAGAAGGAAAGGGAAAGGGAAAGGGCCAAGGACAGAAUGGCUGUUGGCAAAGCAGAUCUUGAAUCUCGUGAAAAAUCAUAUGCUGAAGUUCAUGAAAGAGCAGAGAAAGCUGCUGUGGACAGGGCUACUGCUGAAGUAAGGCAAAGAGCCAUGGCAGGGGCUCGACAGAGACUAGAGAAGGCAUCAACAGAGACUAAGCUCAGGGAUGAACGAGCUGCCGUGGAGAGAGCGACUGCAGAGGCUCGUCAGAGGGCGGCAGAAAAAUCAAUGGCUCAGAAGUUUGCGGCUGAGGGCCAUGUUCGUGUAGAAAGACCUGUCUCCGAUAGGUUUCAAACUUCUUUUCGAUCUGCUGAUAUGAGGCAAAACUCUUUGGCAUCUGACAUUCGCUCUGAAAGCACUGGAAUCUCAAACAGUUUGCGAUAUUCAUAUUCUUUCCCACAUGUUGGGGCUGAUGGUGAAUCACCUCAGAGGUGUAAAGCUCGGUUAGAGAGAUACAGGAGAACAGCUGAGCGUGCAGCAAAUGCCCUGGCUGAGAAGAACAGGCGAGAUCUUCUUGCACAAAGAGAAAGGGAAGAAAUGAAUCGAGUUGCAGAAACUCUAGAUAUUGAAGUCAAGAGAUGGGCAAAUGGAAAAGAAGGCAAUCUUCGUGCACUACUUUCAACUUUGCAAUACAUUCUUGGGCCUGAUAGUGGUUGGCAGCCAGUUCCAUUAACUGAAGUUAUAACUUCUGCGGCUGUGAAAAAGGCUUACAGGAAAGCCACUCUUUGUGUACACCCAGACAAAUUACAACAACGUGGAGCAGCAAUUCAGCAGAAGUACAUAUGUGAGAAGGUCUUUGAUCUUCUAAAGGAAGCUUGGAACAAGUUCAACUCAGAGGAGCGGUGA